CAGAAGAGAAAGGAUUGAUUUCGGGCCUAGCACUUUUCCCAUUUUCCUUUGGGAAAAAAAAAAUUAAAAAAUCUAGCAGUCUUACUUCUAGCAGAGAUGAAAAGAAUGAAUCAAAACAGGAAAUAAAAAGACGCACCAAAAUAACGGUCGUGUCAAGGGAAACUAUGAACACCACCAAUCAAAAAGAAACACGUAAGCAGAGGUCGGAACUGGGAAGGAGCUUUAAAUGUUAGCCAACGCUGAUUUUAAUCAAUGAUCUUCAUUCUCGUGUCUACUUUUGGCCUAGUUUGCCUUCCCAACUACACAACCCCGUUUGUCAUACACAUCUCUCUUCUCUUUUGUCUGUUGGAAAAAGCUCAAACAGAGGAAUUACUUGCAGUGGGUUUUCUCUUCUUUUGGCUUUCCAUGGUCGAGGGUUGACUGAAAGGAGAAUGACCUUGAGCUAAACCCUUCAUGGAGACUAGGGUUUAGUGUUGUUUGAAGUUUUUUAUGUGUGAAAUAAAGAAGAGUUAGCAGAGCAGAUCAAUCGAGAAAUAAAGAAAAGUAGUAGUAAAGAAAAAGACAUGGUCCUUAUGGAACUUUGUAGUCACGAAAAGAAUUUUCAUUUCCUCAAAUUUCUCAGCAGGUCUGCCGCAGAUGGUUUAGCUUCAAACUCUUAGAAUAAGGUCCCAGUUCAAGGUUGAACACCUUUAUAUAUUUGGAAGAAAAAAAUGAGUGGAACAAGUCCAAAGAUUCGAUUUGUUAGAUGUCCUAGAUGCCAGAACGUCCUUCCCGAGUUGCCAAAUGUUCCUGUCUAUGAGUGUGGUUGCUGUGGCAUACAUCUCCAAGCAAAAGUUCGAAAAGAAAAUGCUGAAAGCACUACAUCUGGAUCGCCUGAAACCAAUGCUUCAGGGUUGAGAAAUUUAGAUCAUGUUUCUGAAGAUAAGGAAUCUAGCAGCUUAAGUCAUGAGACUCUUCUUCAUUCUGUAGGAGAAUGCUCCUUGGGCCAUGGGAGGGGCCAAAUCAAAUCCAGCAAUGGCAAUGGGGACAAGCCCAUAGGCUUAUUCUUAACAAAUGAAGAUGAAAACAAUGUAAGAGAUAUAAAUGGAUCCGAGGAUUUUGAUAUUGAGCAGCUUAAAGAUUCAAAUGCUGAGCAAAAAAGUGAGAGCAAUAAAAAUGAAUCUAGGACUUGCGACAACCAGCAAGUCAGAGGUGUAAACUUGUCAGAUGAGGACCACAACAAUGACGGUCAUCAAAAUGAAUCUUUGGCUUGCAAUAUUGAGCAGGAUGGAGUUUCUAAUGGAGAUUGUACAUCGGAUGAACUUUCUCAUCUUUCGAACAGAAAGCUGUCUCAUUCUCCAUUGUCAAGAACAAAUUCAGAAGUUGAGUUUAAUGAUGAAAGCUUACUGUUAGCAGCAAAGGCUAAGCUAGAAGCAGAACCAGAUGCUCAGAAUGAAAGCAACUCUACUUUUGAAAGAUCAAGCCAAGGGGAGCUGGUUGAUACAAAGGGAAGUACUUCAAUUGCCACUGCUCGACAUCCAGCUGGAGAAAGUAUUUCAUCUGAUAUUCUUAUAUCUUCACCUAAUGAUCAUCUGAAGCAGCCUCAGGAAAAUUCUCAUAAUGGCUCUGACUGUGUAAGGUCUACAGAUGCCUCUGAAAUUGCAGAUUUUGCAAAUAACCCGAGCUCUGAGCUCAGCGGUACUCUUAUAGAUUUGUCCAAAUCCCCCACUACCAGAAGCUCUCGUGCUUAUUAUGAUGAUGGUCUCUCUUCUUAUGAAGGAACUGAUGAUCAAUUGCCUAAUCGACACAAACGUUCAUCCAAACAUGUCUAUGGGCUUGCAAACUAUUCUGCUUCUGAUGUGAGGCUCAGAAGGGAAAGGUUCCCUAUCAACAGUAAUCAUGAGAUACAUCAUUUCAGAACUUCUGCUUCAUUUCUGCCUGAGAGGACACAUCAUGCCCUGAAAUCUACCAAGUUGGAUCAAGAAUUGCUGGGGCCCAAAGGACUUGACCAACCAGGUAGAAACUGGAGAAGAUUAGCAAGAGAUGAAUACAUGUCUCAACUUGCGCUUAAUCAAAGUGACUCCCUUGCUAACUAUGAAAGUGGCAGCCCUUCCAAUUACAGUGAGUUGUAUAAUUCAAGGUUUCCUGGUAAAGACAAGCCUGCGUACUUUGAACAGGAGAAGAUGCAACUGUUGAGAAUGGUUUAUGAAUUGCAGGAUCAACUCAAUAAAGCAUCUCUGAAUGAUAAACCAAAUGAUGGAUUCACUUGGAAAGAUCAUUAUACUCCCAUGUACAAUGACCGUGAGUUCCUACAAGAGGAAAGUCUCUAUAACCUAGUUUAUCCCAGAUUUGCUGAAAGAGUUAGAGAGGAAAGUAAUUGGUCUCAACAGAAAAAAUACUCACGAUUACCUUUCUCCGCAGAGGCAACUACCAGUAGACACCAAGUUGAUCAUUCAAUGUGCUGCUGUCCCCAAGAGUGGCAGCGCAAAGGGCACUUUCCUCCACCUGGAUUUCGUCACAAUGGAGGGUUUUGUAGGGUACACUCUCAUCUUGAUCUUUACAAUUCCUAUGGCUCUUGCCCCACGAGUCCUCAAAGGCAUGUGGAGUAUGAGUUUCCUAUGUAUUUUUGCGGAACAAAGUCUGAUGACCAGAUGCAUAGAAAUCAUGAGGUGAAGAGGUACUUAAGGGAGAAACAUCACUUGGCUAAGCGACACCUCAGGCCCAUAGCAGGUGGAGCCCCUUUCAUAACUUGUUCUAGUUGCUUCAAACAACUGCAGCUGCCUGCAGAUUUUCUCCUCUUUAAAAGGAGGUGCCAUCUGCUAAAAUGUGGUGCUUGUUCAGAGGUACUUAAAUUUUCACUUCAAGACAGAACUCAUCUAAUGCCAUAUACACCAACUGCUGAAGCACCUCCAACAAGUGAGGUUGACGAGAAUACUGAUGCUAUUCAUCGGAGAAACUUUACUUCCACAUCUCAUGUCAGUGGUCCCUAUCUGGAUUCUAUGUCUUGUUCGGACGAGUAUGGACUCUCCCGCAAAAGCUGUUCCACUGAGAAGGAUCCUGUUUGUCAAACACCAUUUCAUGCUAUUCAUAGGAAUGAAGUUCAAAGAAAUGUGUCACAUGGUUCACUUGAGCAUAGCGAAGAGAGAAGGAAGUUUGUUUCGAAUGAGGCUCAAAAGAAAGGCAAGGGUCCUAUGCAAAUAUAUGAAGCAGCAGGCCCUUCUUCUAGCAAAUCCAAAUCUAAGAAAGUAUCCUCAGAAAUUGAGGAGAUUCCAGCAGGAGGAGAAGGAGGUUCACCACUUCAUAGACUAAUGGGUUAUUCAUCGCCGAGUGACAUGAUAUAUGGUUGGGGACCAUCUGGCCCUGCAGCAGCCUCAUACUACCCAGAAAUGCAGAGGAAUUGAGAGAUAAUUCUCAUGAAGUGGUGGAUUGUAUUGCCCUCCAACCAAAUCCAUGGUGUUCUAAUUGCUCUAGUUUGCACUUGAAGAGAUUUUUCGUCCUUUUCACUUUGUUUUUCAUUUUGAGUACAGGUAAAAUAGGAUCUUUCACAGUUUCCUUGAGAGUCUGGAGUAUAUAUACUAGUAGAAAACUAACUAUUCUGAAUUUUGUAUGUACAGAUGUUGUGCAGAGAAAAAUUCCAGUAUGAUUUGUUUAUUUGUAUAGAAUCUUGUUGUGUGUAUUCAAAGAGGUAGAUUGUAAUAAGAAUACUAAAUGUUUAAGGAAUGUCAAAUGUGUCUGAUGCAUCAACAA